AUGGCUGCCAAUAAACGACACUCCGGCUACAAUCAACCUAGGCAACAAAGUAACGGAGAGAGACAGAAAGAGCAAGCCAGAGAGGGAGGGCCGAGCAAGGCACCCAGACUGUUUCCCCGGAUCAGGAAAUUCACCAAUUACACUCCACUCACUCUCCCCAUCAUGGAAGUUUACCAACAAAUAGCCGAGAAAGGAAUCUUGUCGAAGCCCCGACCACUCAAGGACCGUACGGGGGGAAACAAGAGCCUCUACUGUGACUACCAUAAGGGUUAUGGGCACCAAACACAGGACUGCUUUGACCUGAAAGAUGCACUCGAGCAAGCGAUAAGGGACGGUAAAAUAACAGAAUUCUCCCAUCUUAUAAGGGAGCCGAGGAGGCGACAUCGCAACCAAGACGAGGAAGGCAAGACCCGGUCGGCAAAGCGGCGACAAGAGCCAGAAGACAAAGACCACGGUCUCACCAUGAUAAACGUAGUAACCACCAAAAACACCGCACCAAGGUCGAGAUCGGCGCACAAGAAAGACGCCAAGGUCCUGGCGGUCUCCUCCUCGCCGAUGCGAAGCUCUAAGAAGCCCCCAUCUAUCUCUUUCGGCCCGAAAGAUCAGUGGUUCGACGAGACCCCCGAAAAUCCACCCAUGGUCAUCACGGCCAGAGUGGGAACUGGCCUCGUCAAACGAAUCCUUGUCGACACGGGGGAAGACUCGAACAUUAUGUUCUGCAACGUGUUCGACGCACUGGAGUUAAGGGACGCCGACCUAUCGACUCAUCAGCACGGGGUCAUCGGAUUAGGCGACCACUUCAUCAAGCCAGAUGGAUUGAUAUCCCUGCCGAUUUCCGUGGGACAGGCCCAAGGCCGAAGAUCGGCAAUGGCUGAGUUCGUGGUUCUUCAAGAUUCCACGGCCUACAACAUCAUCCUGGGGAGGAAGACGAUUAACGAUGUUGAAGCGAUAAUCAACAUAAAGCUACUAGUCAUGAAGUUUGUUACCGACGACGGAUCCAUAGGGUCCAUUAGGGGAGACCUAGAGACGGCGGUCGUUUGCGACAACGCCAGCCUCUCCCUAAGGAAGAAAUCUAAAGAGGCGUCGGGGGUGUUCCUAGCUGACCUAGACGGCAGUGUAGACGACAAGCCCAGACCAGAACCGAAGGGGGACCUGGAAAAGAUCAGGGUCGGUGACAUGGAAGAAAAGUUCACGUUUGCAAUAGAAACCUUCCACACGAAUUGA